AUGAAUAACAGCAGGUUGAACCAGGAGCCACUAGGAGCUCAGCACCAUGGUCUUGUGUAUCAGGCUUGUUGGAAAGGGACCCCCCUCCUCAUACCAGUUUUUCCUUUUUUUUUUUUAGCUCUGACCACCCCUGUCCAAGACCCGAAGGUAUGUGCUGGGGGCUCAGCGGUGCUGUGCAGAGACCUGAAGACAGCAGUGGAAUGUGGGGCCUUGAAACACUGCCAACAGAUGGUGUGGAGCAAGCCCACAGCGAAAUCCCUUCCAUGUGACAUAUGCGAAACUGUUGUCACUGAAGCUGGGAACUUGCUGAAAAAUAAUGCCACCCAGGAAGAGAUCCUUCGUUACCUGGAGAAGGCCUGUGAGUGGAUUCAUGACUCUAGCCUCCAGAACUCGUGCAAGGAGGCGGUUGAUUCUUACCUGCCUGUCAUCCUGGACAUGAUUAAGGGGGAGAUGAGCAACCCUGGGGAAGUGUGCUCUGCACUCAACCUGUGCCAGUCUCUCCAGAAGUAUUUGGCUGAGCAAAACCACCAGAAACAGCUUGAGUCCAACAAGAUCCCGGAGGUGGACAUGACCAGAGUGGUUGCCCCCUUCAUGGCCAAUAUCCCUCUCCUGAUGUACCCUCAGGAUCACCCCCACAGCCAGUUCCAAUCCAAGAUCAACGAUGAUGUCUGCCAGGACUGUGUGAAGAUGGUGACUGACAUCCAGACUGCUGUGAGGACCAAUGUUACCUUUGUCCAGGGCUUAGUGGAGCAUGUCAAGCAGGAGUGUGACCGCCUGGGGCCAGGCAUGGCUGACAUGUGCAAGAACUACGUUGACCAGUACUCUGAAGUUGCCAUUCAGAUGAUGAUGCACAUGCAGGAUCAGCAACCUAAGGAAAUCUGUGCUCUGGUUGGCUUCUGUGAUGGGGUCAAGAAAGUACCAAUGAAGACUUUGGUCCCUGCCCUGGAACUGACGGACUCCUAUGAGGCCCCCAACAUUGUUUUCUGCAAGGCUUGUCAGUUUGUGAUGCAGAAGUUCUCUGCACUAACGGCUAACAAAGACGCUGUGGAUCUAAUGAUGAAAUCUGUGAGCAAAGCAUGCACACUGAUCCCCGGUCCUGAUUCCACCAAGUGCACAGAGGUGAUACAAACGUUCGGCCCCUCCCUGCUGGACAUCCUUCUGCGUGAGGUGAGCGCAGACAUGUGUGGUGUGAUCCGCCUCUGUUCCGGUAACCCUGACUCAGUGGAGACACUUGAGCAGCCCGCAGUGCCCAUCCUGUCUGCACUACCCAAACAGCCUGCAUUGCGUGCCAUUGUGCCUCAGAAGAAGACCGGUGGGUUCUGUGAAGUGUGCAAGAAACUGGUCAGCUAUUUGGAACACAACCUGGAGAAAAACAGCACCAAGGAGGAGAUACUGGCUGCACUUGAGAAGGGCUGCAGCUUUCUGCCUGACCCCUACCAGAAGGAGUGUGAUGACUUUGUGUCUGAAUAUGAACCUCUGCUGGUGGAAAUCCUUGUGCAAGUGAUGGAUCCUUCCUUUGUGUGCUCGAAAAUUGGGGCUUGCCCUUCUGCCUCUAAGCUGCUGCUGGGAACUGAGAAGUGUGUCUGGGGCCCUAGCUACUGGUGUCAGAACAUGGAGACUGCAGCCCGGUGCAAUGCUGUCGACCAUUGCAAACGCCAUGUGUGGAACUAAUUUUCCAGCUUGCUGAAGUUGCAGCCUAUUUGUGGGUCUAGGAUAAUGAACACACAAGAUCUAUUUGACUUCAUUCUAAGUAGGACCCCUACUACCCUACCCCCCUUUUUUUGUCCUUCCCCCAUCUUAUAGCAUUGCUGUCUUGUAAGAGGUGCUGAUGGCCCCUUUCAGUGUUCCCCUUCUGCCUGAAGGAUGAGGACAUUCAGGGCAUCAGCUCUCCAGCUGCCCUUUCACCCACCUGCUGGAGGGGGUGCUGAGCCAGAGAGCAGGAAGGCCUUCUGAGCCCUGACUUGGUGUACGGGGUGGGGCUUCUGUGGCCACCUCCUAUCUUGAAGAGGUUGCUGCUCACCUUCCUGUGGUACCGAGGAGUUUUCUAUGGAUGAUUUGAAGCACAGGGUAAUCAGGUCUUUGGGUUGAUGGAAUUGCCAUCGUCAUAGCACAGAUUUCAGAAGCACCUGCAGGUGGCUUGCUUGGGACACUGCUUUCUAGGUCAGCCUUCCCCUCUGCUUUCCUGUGUUCCCCCUGUCUACCUUGUUUGGGGUUCUGUGGGCUAGGGUGGGGAGGGGAAACUUCUGAAUGUAACUUGCCCAUGCCAUGUGGGCCUGGCCUUUUGUUGUGUGAGGGUCAUGAACAGUGUUGUCAGCUUGGCUGUCAGGGCCCUGCACGCCCCUUUCCUACCUUGUAGCUCUUGUUGAAUUGCUCUCACCUCAUCAUGGAUGAAGCAUCUGCCUGGCAGCGGGCGAUGAACUGAGAGGCCUCUGUGUAGCGUAGGUACUGUUGGGAAUCUUGGCUGGUCUGUUGAAGAGCUGAAGCUACUCUUGUGCCUCCGGUUGCCAGCAGACGGCCAGCAGGAUGGGCAUGUACAGCUAAAUGGACCUAGAUUUUAAUUUGUUUUGCACUAAAGUUUCUGUGACUUAAUAAAAUUCUGUUAACCAGA